AUGUGCCUGGUUGGCGCGACCGAAUCCCACUAUGGGGCCACGACUUUUAUGUUCGUAGUGGAGAACGACCGCAUGUGCCGUGAGUCCGCGGUCUCCGUCGGCGGGGGUGGGCGCGUCUCAGCGAAGGCGAUGCAGAGACCCGUCCCGGCAGCAGUUAUCCAACGGCGUACCAGGCAGAGCCUCGUCUCGACGAUGCCGGCGCAGUGUUUCAUCCGACCAUCCAUCCGGCGGAGUCCGCGGUACGCUGUGCGCUCGGCACAAGUGCACAGCGCCCUCACCUGGUUUAGCCCGCCGGUCGAGACGGUUGCCCGGGGUGUGGCCGCUGAGCAGAGCCCAGCUACGUGGAGCCACAGGUGAGAGUUGGGUGCCAGCAAAUGGACGCUAGGUGUAGUCCCACCUGCAAGCAAGUGAGCGACCACUACGACCGUCACGUGAACCCACCGCUGGUCACCCCUACACCCCGUCCACCACCACCACCACCACCACCACCACCACCACCACCACCACCACCGCCAUCACACAAGAUCGGUUUUCGUAGCAUUUGUGAGUAAUUGUCAUAAUCACCUUCUGUGCCUCCAUCCGACUUUUGUUUUGGAACGGCCUGUAAGGAAUCAUCUCAGAUCGCUUUAAGAAAGGUCUUGCCUGUGUUGCUUAGCCUGAACCUCAGGUGACUGACGAUACUUCGCACACCCUGAUGCCAAAAAAGUAUGGUAUGUUUGAUAUAAAUUCUUUCCACGGAUGGAAGCGAAUAUGGGGAUCCCAGGUUCUUUUGUAAAGAAGGUGAAUACACGAUCUCUGAGACAGUAGGUGUAUUAGUCUGAGCUUUCGGUCUCGUACAGGAGGCCAUCGUCAGAGACUGUGAGAAUGCGACAUCAAAUGAGCAGUUUUUGUAGUCGCAUUCUCACAGUCUCUGACGAUGGCCUCCUGUACGAGACCGAAAGCUCGGACUAAUACACCUACUGUCCCAGCGAUCGUGUGGUCAUCUUCUUUACAUCAAGUCUUAUGAAAUCUUUCCGUUAUGCGUGUAAAUUUGCAUUUGUCAAUGUCCCUUCGGCCGUUUUUUUUAGCGGUGAGGGAAUUUUCCCCUCCGACCCUACUUGCUGAUUUUUUAUCGACCUGUUCCCGUUCCUUUUGGCUUACUACAGCGAGUCGACUCGUCCCAACGACAUUUGUGGCGCACUACAGACUACCAAUAACGCUUCUGCCACCCCAGCUCGUUAACCCUAACAUUUGUGAGAUGAGGCCGGCAGGAAAUCAUCUAGCGAUUGACGACAUUCUCGCCCCACCAACAGUGAUCUCUGUAGGCAGAAUGGCAGUGCGGAGAAAUGACGCCAGCUCUCAAGUUGCGGCUCAUUCGACGGGUUCCGGCCACACAUUCAAAUUUGAAGAGGCCGAAAUUCUCGCAAGAGGUGACAACCGCGUGAGCCGGGAGCUGCUUGAGUCAUGGUUCACUGGCCCCCAGUCUAUUAACAAGUGCAAUGGUCUUCCCAUUCAAUACAGCGUGCUGAGACUUCGUCUAGGCGGAGAAAUUGGCCACGCGGGGAGCGCCCUGAUGAACACUCUUCCCAACACCCGGGUCAGCGCGUCAGAUGGUCGAGCAAUCAUCACACCAACAUCCAACGCACGUGAUGAAAUUGCUGCAAUUAACGAGGCGAAUAUCGACCAUCACGCCACGUGCAAUGAUCCUUGA